GGCGUUUUCGACGUCGAGUAUUUGUGGCGGAAUCAUCGGUCAUGGCUUGCUGACCCGGGUUACAUGCUACGCCCACGCUAUAGAUUGAACUGGGAGUUGGUUCGGCUUGGUACACAGAGAACCCGUCUUCAUUGUGAAUACGGACAAUCGCCACUGGUAGGUGAU